AUGUCCGCCGGCACUGCCAUGCGCAUACUGCCCCCAGGCAUCCAGCUUGUCGGCCUCAACAUAAUUGUCGCGCAGCCGUGGCACGACCAGCGGGCCGACAGCGAAGAAGGCCGCCAUGCGGCGCAGCGCCGACGACACGGCCCACGGCGGAAUCUGCAGCGUCGCGAUGGGCAAAAUGCCAGAAUACCCGUGCAGCGCCGUGUAGGGGUCCAGCAGCGCCGACAAGACGGUGAAGCGCGAGUUGUGCUGCUGCCCCGUAGCGGGAACGCAUACUCUUCCAGCGGCUUCUGGGCGGGCGCCGUGGCUUGUGUGGACAUGUUGGUCAACGGCGGCGCUGCGAGUUCGAGCGACCAACCCGUGUUGACGAGUGCGAGUGGCCGGCCGACAACCACAGACGCGGCAUGGGCAUAUUCGGCCGGUGGAUGCGGCAGCGCCAUCAGCGCCGCGUCGACCAUGUCCAUGAAAGCCUGA